UUCAGUCUGGCAGGCCUUGAGUAUAAGUUGGCCUUGGUCCGGUUGAUUUGCGAGUGGAAAGUGCUGCAUACGGAACUAGCAAAGAGUUUAUUCGAGUAUCUGCGUUAGAAAUUUUUUACAUUUUGUGAAAAGGACUAUAAAUGCGGGAAAACUAAAAGAACUUCACAAGAAAUGGAUGAAAAUGCAGGGGAACUCCUAAAUAACCAGACUGUUAUGACUGAGAUGCUGCUGCUAGGAUGUGUAAUAGAAACCAGAACAGAUUGUUUUUUGAUGUCUCUACCUGGCUGUUUGGUAGGUUUUGUACCAAUAACAAAUAUUUCAACAAAAUUUAGUGAGAGAAUUACAAAGUAUGCUUCUGGAGAAGGUCUUGAAGAGCUGUCUUUGGAUUCGGUAAUCAAGUUAGGUAUGUGUAUGCCGUGUAAAGUUUUGGAAAUAAUACAAAGAAAUUCUGGUCGGAAACCUAAAAUUACAUUGUCAAUAAAACCUGAAGAUAUUCAUAGUCAUUUGAAACUUCAGUCUCUGUAUCUUAAAAUGGUGUUGCAUGUUUCGAUACAUAGUAUGGAAGAUCAUGGGUAUACUGUGGAUGUUGGGAUUAAAGGUGUGAGAGGUUUUCUUCCUUUUACUUCAGAAGAUGAUCAAAGUAAAUUACAACCAGGGGAAAUUAUUCCAACCUAUAUUACAAAAAUCUCAGGAAAUUCAGUUGUUUUGGGGAAACUGAAUUUUAAUGAGACAUUUCCCGAGGUAACAAAUGAAAAUAUUAGGCUCGAUUCUAUUCUUCCUGGUGCAAAUGUUUCUGGUUAUGUGACAGAGAUUAAAAAGCCAUUUGCAUAUUUAAAUUGCUUAAAUUUUGAAGGAUGUGCAAAUGUUUUAUCUCUUGGUUGCUCCAGUAAGAAAGUUCAUCUUGGGAAGGUAUCUGGGACCGUACUGUAUAUUCAACCAGUUUCGAAUAUUAUUUAUUUAUUAUUAAGUUCAAAACCAACACCAAACUCAUUUUCUACCUUCUUUCAUAUUAAAAAAUUUGAUCUCAUCCAGAAUAGUAAAUUUGAGUUUUGGUAUCGUAAUCAUGGAUACUGUAAAAUUCAACGAAACAUUUUUGGAUUUUUUAAUAAAGAAGAUAAUGCAAACGAUAAAAGUAAUUUGAUGAACCAUCUUUCAAAGGACUGCGUAAUACCUAGAGCUCGUGCAGUUUUCUUGCAUUAUAUUGACAAUCUUGUACAGCUGUCAUUGAAACCGUAUAUAACUGAUAUAGAUAUAAAACGAAUAGAGGAAAUCAAAAUAGGGGAUGUUUUUGAAGCUACAGUGAAAAGGCAUCUUGAAGGUGGAAUGAUUGCUUUUGUCUCUCCUGGUUUAAAUGGAUACAUACGUUAUGUACACAUGUCUGAUGUUUAUGUAACGAAACCUGAAAAAUUAUUUCCUGUAGGAUCAAAAUUAAUAUGUAGGGUUGUAUAUACAGAUAAUACUUCUGUGCUUUAUUUGACCUGUAAAAGCAGUCUUGUAAAUCUGCCAAAAGAUGAGAUUCUGCAGUCAUAUGAAGAUGCUCAUGAAGGCAAACAUUAUAAAGGUGUUAUUGUGCAGAUUACAGACAAGUAUAUUAUUGUCUUAUUUUUCAAUAAUGUGAAGGGAAUGGUUUCAUCUCAUCUUAUUCCUAAAUCCUCGGUGUUUUUUGAAGGACAAACUGUAACUUGUGAAGUAGUUCAUUGCAAUCCAUUAAAAAAGAGACUGAAAUUAUGCUUAAAGGAUAUUGGAUUGCACUCAAAAGAGGAGGAAAGACAUCUAGGAGGAAAGAAAUGUAAGAUCUAUUUUGGAACUGCAUUAGAGAAAAGUAGUAAUUCUGUAAAAGAACUACCUGCAGAGAAAUCCACCCUAUCUCAAAUAUAUAUAAACAAAGAAGGUUGUGACACUCACUAUGAUACCAUAAGAGAGUCCAGUAAACCUUAUAAAGCAGUGAUUAAAAAAAAAUCCCAAGAUCAACUGAAUAUUUUUGUGAAUGGUAUAGCAAGGGGUCGUGUUCAUAUUACCGAAGUUGGUUGUUCUGAAGAGGGUAUUAACCCUUUGCAAUGCUUUCACGUGGGGCAAAAGCUUAAAGUUUAUGUUAUUGGAAAGAGUGAAAGAGAAUGUGGUAAUUUUCUGCUCAUAACCCAUAGAAAAAUGAUUAAGUUUCUAGAAUGUGCUGUUCAUUACCCUCCACCAGUUUUAUUACCUGCAAAUUUUCAUGUAGGUCAGUCACUUAUGGGAUUUAUAAAAGAAGUCCACGAUGUCUGUGCAGUUUUAUGGCUUUCCCCUAAUCAGAGUGGAACUUUAGAGUAUUUGCAUUUUUCAGAAAAACCUAAGGUCUUGAGAAAAUUAAAGAAAAAACUUAGAGCUGGAUUCUCAUUGAAGGUUAUAAUAUCAGAAUCUGAAAAGUUAGUCAAUAAAGAAGAAAAAUUUAUACUUCUAAGGCCUGGAAUCAGUAUACCAGACACUAGCAAGAAUGUAGUUGGUUUGGUACAAAUUGCUUGUGCAGAUAGAGGUCUGAUUUUGAAAUUACCUCAUGGUUACCAUGGUGUUGUAGAACUGAAAGAGUUACAAGACAGUGAUGCCCCUAUUGAACCUUUGCUAACAAAAUAUCAGAAACUAAGAUUUAUCUUGUGUCAUGUUCUGGAAGUUAAUCAUGACACAAAAUAUUGCAUACUUUCAUUACGAAGAUCAAGGUUAUAUAAAAGUAAGGCUGAGCCUAAAAUGAUGACUGGAAAUACAAAGCAGGAAAAGGAAACUAUGCUGUCCCAGAGAUUACAUGUGAAUGAAGAUAUAUCAUGGGAUGAAUUGGAAUAAUCAUUUUCUUAAUGCUCACUGUGUUUGCUUUGACAACAUGCAUCUGUAAAUUUUUAUUUUAGUACCUGUUUUUUAAAAUAAAUUUUUUAAUAUACAUUGUAA